AUGUCGAGCUACUACAGCCAGCCAGCCUACAAGCGAUCCAAGAGCGUCAAGAGUGAACAUGAGAUCACCCUCAAUGGCCCCCUUGAUGUUGUGGGAUCUGUUAAGUCUGGGAGCAGCAUCAACUUGAACAACGAUGUGAUUGUCCGUGAGAAGCUUGACGCCUACGGAGCCAUUGGCCUGAACGGAAACAUCACAUGCGAGGGAAAAGUUCAGGCCUAUGGAACUAUCACAGUGAACGGCUAUACUAUGGUCAACGACAAGAUCAAGGGCCGUGGAAAGCUCAGGGUCAAUGGAACACUCAUGGGAACAGACCUGGAGAUCUAUGGAAACAUCACCAUCACAGGACACCUGAGAUGCAGACGUCUUGUUGCAUACGGAAACAUCACGCUGAUAGGAAGCGAUUCAUCAUACUAUGUCGAGGAGGCCGAGCAAGUUGCUGGAACGGUCAUGAUUAGAGAGGCAGAGCCCGACUGGGAAUACUAA